AUGGUCUUCAAACCCUUCAAGUCCCCUUUAAUUAGGAAUCGCGCUACUUCAUCCUCCGACACUACCAGCGAGCCCAGUCGUCCUACCAAAAAGCCCCGCCUCGGAGACGAACAAGCACCGAAGGAUGUGCAAACCAGUCGAAAGCCGCUCCAAGUCAGCAAUCGAGGGUCAGACAGCACGGCACAGUCAUCAGUCAGUGAAUCGACCAAAGAUGAUACAUCGGACGAAAGAUACUUCAAUGUUCUCUGGCGCAAACCAAGCGCCAAAAAGCACAAAACAUGGGACGGAGACGGAAUCCUCUCCACUCGCGGAGAAUUUGUAUACCUACGAGACAUUGCCGGGAAGGAGAUGGGACGGAAGGUGCACGAAGCCCGCCUCGAGCCGGGAACAACACUGUCUAUCUCUGGCAAAGAGGUUGAAAUAGACUCUGAAAUGUCGCGCAAAGAAUAUCUCUCCGGCAGAAUGUUCCUGGAAGGCGCGAAACCAGCACCUACCUCUACGUCGGACCCGGUGCCCACACCGAAGAAAGAAGCUCUCCCCGCUCGAAAGAAGGGUGAAGUACGCAAGCCUACGGCUGCUGAGCGGACACAAUCCCUCAAGCGCUCACUGGCUCUAGUUACCAACCCCAAUGCGAACCCUGGAACAGCACCGGCAACAUUUGCCGCUUAUAAAGCGCCGCUGCUUGCGAAUACCGUUACUCCCAAGGUCGUGGGGAAGGUCGUUCCACGUCAUGACCCUAAGGCCGUUGGUGCGUUGGUUAUGCCGCGGCCGAAGUCUGUGCCGAAAGGGAGACAGGUUGUGGAUGUUGUUGUUGAUCCUCUCUUGGCCAAGAACUUGCGGCCGCAUCAGCGUGAGGGUGUGAAGUUCUUGUACGAGUGUGUGAUGGGAAUGCGGUCGUUUAAUGGCGAAGGUGCCAUUCUUGCGGAUGACAUGGGUUUGGGAAAGACUUUGCAGACUAUUGCACUGCUAUGGACUCUGCUUAAGCAGAAUCCUGUGUUUGAAGCCCCGCCGGUUAUUAAGAAGGCAUUGAUUGUGUGUCCUGUCACUCUUAUCAAUAACUGGAGGAAGGAGUUCCGCAAGUGGCUCGGAAAUGAGCGCAUUGGAGUUUUUGUUUUCGAUGAUAAGAGCAAGCGUCUUACGGAUUUCACUAAGGGCCGGGCUUAUAGUAUUAUGAUUGUUGGAUAUGAGAAGCUCAGAACCGUCCAGGAAGCUUUGGCGAAUAGUUCUGGAGUCGAUAUCAUUAUCGCGGACGAAGGCCACAGGCUCAAGACAUUGCAGAACAAGAGUGGCCUAGCGAUCCAGUCGCUCAGCGCCGUGAAGAGAGUUAUUCUCUCCGGCACGCCAAUCCAAAAUGAUCUGAGAGAGUUCUUUGCAGCCGUGGACCUUGUUAACCCAGGGAUACUUGGCAGCUUCAAGUCCUUCAUUCGAGAGUUCGAGACCCCAAUCGUUCGCAGCAGACAGCCAGAAGCAACGAGCAAGGACAUCGAGAAAGGAGAGUCCAGAGGCGAAGAGCUUCGAGAACUCACCUCGCAAUUCAUGCUCCGCCGAACAGCAGACAUCUUGGCCAAAUAUCUCCCCCAAAGACCGAAUACGUCCUCUUCUGCAAACCCACCCGCCCUCAAGCAAACAUAUACAAAGCUGUCCUCGCCUCCCCGAUCUUCCAAAGCGCAAUGGGCAACGCCGAAAGCGCCCUGCAGCUAA